ACUAUCUGCCGUCUCAUGUCCAUCCUAUAGCCUAUAUAAGCGGCUGCGCUGGGGCUCGCGGCGAUGGAGUAGUUUGUGGAUACGGCGGGAGCGCAGGGACGGGAGGGGGGCGGGCGGGCCAGCCGCGGAAUACUCGGGCUCCCGGCCGUUCGCGGGCUGCUGCCGUCCGGGGAGCGGCUCCCGGGGGGAAGACACCUCGGCGUCCGGGACGAAGACACAGUGAAACAGGAGACCUCACAUAGCAGCGGGUCCUUCCUCUUCAUCCCCUCAUGCACUCUUCAGGUCGGACUGCAAUGAGUGGACUGAGGUCUUCUGGGCUGCUGGGGCUUGUACUCUUAAUGCUCUCAGCAGGAUACUGCAAAGAAAAAACAGACUCCAGAGAUUUGAAGGACAAGCAAAGUCUCUUAAAUCUCAUCAUGGAGAUCAUUCAGGAACUGAAAAGGUACCGCCUGGAGAAAGACAGUGGGAUGCAGUACUUCUCCAAGCAUGACUAUAACUUGGAUCGAAGGGAAGUGGCUGACUAUGAAGGGUACCAGGACGAGCAGAGAGUUGAAAUAGUUCCCAGAGAUCUGAGGAUGAAAGACAAGUUCUUGAAGCAUUUAACAGGUCCACUCUACUUUAGCCCAAAAUGUAGCAAACACUUUCAUCGGCUUUAUCACAAUACGAGGGACUGUACCAUCCCAGCAUACUAUAAAAGAUGUGCCAGGCUUCUUACUCGAUUGGCAGUAAGCCCUAUGUGCAUGGAAGGAUAAAGAUGUUACUACCACGACAAGGAACACCAAGAACCAAGAGAAGUGCCUUGGAAACCAACAGGGAAACAGAACUUACUACCUUUUAGCAAAUUCCAUUGUGAACAAGAGAUUUAUUUUUGCAGAUUGACAGACUACUUCCCAUAAUUCUUCUAACAUGCAUUUUGUAUGGCAUCGACAGGUUGCAGAUUGACAUUCUUUACAGUAGUGUAACUGCCAGUAGUACUUAAUGCUUCAUACUUAAAAACACACUACAAUUGAUGUGUAAUGCUGCCAAAAAUUAUGUAAACACAAAUAUUUCACCAAGAAAAUUCAUGUUCUGUUGCUUAAUUCUACAGUUUUAAGGAAUGUUUGUUUGUAUAUCUAGAACUACUAAAGAUCUGCUCCACAGUAGUUGUGGUCACUUGAUAUCCUUCAUGCUUAUGCAAUUUUUUAAAAGUUUGGUUAAAACAGACUAGUAUUGGGGUCACAUUGUACCCUGGAGUACAAACUGCAUGACAAACAGGAAUGUUAUUCCAAGUAGACAUACUUUUUGGGACAGUGGAGCAUGGAUUUUGUACACAAACACAAGCUGCCAUUAAUUUACUUUAUAUAAUAAAUGUAUAAAACAUUCCAGCGAACGUGCAAUAUGUAAAUACUGUAAAUAACAAGCAUAAGUAAAUAAAGUGUUUGGUAUUAA